CCGCUGUGACGCUCCUCUUAAAUUGUCACUGGGCUAAAACUCAAUACAUUCCCGGGUAUAAUCAAGUUUAUUAUGAGGAUGAUGACAACGACCUUGACGAUAUUCUCCCCUUUGUGAUUCUCGCUUUAUUGGGACGUGGGCGUUAUGGCGGAUGCGGAGGGUUUGGCGGUUUUGGGGGCUGUGGAGGGUGUGGAAUUUAUGGAGGCGGCGGAGGCUGUGGCAGUUGUGGAGGAUUCGGAAGCUCAGCAGGUGGUAUACACUUACAAGCCGCAAAAACAAUCUCUAAGUUCACAGACGGGGAAAAAUUCCGCAUCGAAGAACAUUGCGACAGUAACACCAGCAAGGUAUAAAAAAUCUUGUAAAAGAAGACACGGGUCGCACUCUACUUUUGCCAAUAAUAUGCCAGACUUCCCAGAAGUAGAAUACCCAACAGACAUGUCAGAUUCAUCCAGACCUUUCUAUUUUAACGAAGGCUCUAUUUUAAGUCCUUUUCCGAAUGACGUGAAAGCUUCUUUCCAAAACAUAAUGUCACAGAGUAAGCCAAAAAAUAACGCACAAUAUUUAAGCACUGGGAUAUUAAAUGUCGCAGAAAUUCUUAAAUCCAACAAACAAAUGGAAAAGCACGAUGAAAAAGAUGUUCAUUUAGAGGAAGAACAUGAAUGUGAUAAGAUAACACGUGUUGAGAAAAAAGACGAGUUUAAUGAAUUUCCUGAUCUUUUAAAACCCAUAGAGCAGAAUGAAAAAAAAGUGACUUUUAAAAAACAAGAAAGUACCAAGGCUUCUGAUGAUUUUAAACAAGAAAAGGAAAAUGAUGAAGUUUCUGCUCUUCUUUGGACCGACAUGAAAUUAGUUCAGGGUUUGACCAACGAACUACACGAGGCGGAUCCAGUUGCAGAGGCAAGUGAAUCAAUAGAAGACGAACGCAGUUCUACUUUUUCAUGGCUUAGUGGCAAGAUAACACCAGAAAUUUGUGAAAAAAGAGAAGAACUAAAUAAAUUUUAUGAUUUAAUAAAAGAAAAUACGGUCAUAAAAUGGCCGGUCACAAUAAAUGGUAUAACAAAAGAAUGGUUAGGUUUUGUUAUUGAGGAUACAAAACCUGUAACAAAUGGAAGUGAUGUUGCAAACAAGGAUACAAUGGCUAAAGAUUUAUCGAAAAACACUUGUCUAGAAUUCCCAGACGAACAACUUCCUGAUUCAUUAGUAUGCGAUUAUAUGGAUAAAACAAACCUGACAGACACCAUUUUUGAAAUUACUGAAGAAGAAUAUAAUAAAAAUGUCACAUCAGAAGAGAUAGAAUGCUACGUUCUAACUCCAAUGGUGAUUCCACGUCGGUCGAAAAAGACACUUGAAAAAUCAUUAACAAAACCUGAACAUACAAAUCAUAAUACUUCAUUUUAUGAGUGGGAUUAGAGUGUGAUUGAUGUAAUGGGAAAAUUAUAAGUACUGAGAUAAAUUGUAAUCUGAUACUACUCAAAUAUGUCCAUUUGAGUAGUAUUACAAAAUAUAUUAAGCGUUCAGUUAUUGAUAAGAAUAGAUUCAAGAUGUAUGUAUUUAUGUUUACAAUAGAAAUAUGUGUGGUAAAUAAAUUGUAAAACGUUAGCUAGAUUUUCUUACCUUC